AUGACGGCUGCGUUGCUUGUGCUCGCAUUCGCUUUGCUGGCGGCCUCGACUCACACCGGAGUUGCAGCUCUAGGUCAUUGUUCUUCAUAUGGUGUGUACCUCAAUGAUGACUUCGAUUCAUCAGCUGUUCUGAACACAAAUUUCUGGUCGUCGUCGUCGUCUGGUGUGCUUGUCCAGAAGGCUUGUACAAACAUCAGUAGUAAUGCUAUAUUAAGUGGCAACGUACUGGUAUUUGGAGCAACGGCGGACACUUCACGGCAGCUGACGAGCAAACGGCUCAAUCUUAAGAACGCCGAAGCGAUUACAUUUGAUGCCGCGGCCUGUCCCUAUCCUGCUACUACAGCUACAAUCACGGCUACUUUGUCUUACUCUACUGACGGAGGCAACACGUAUCAGGCGGCCAGAUAUUUUACAGUGAGGAAGAAUGGGCCCGGAGUGCACGUUGUCGUCUCGGUCACACUAGCAAUGAAACUGUCUGCUAGCGUCUAUUUGCGUGUCGAGCAGAACUCGUCGUUUGGUGGUCAAGGCAGUCAAGCGUGGUCAAUCGACAAUUUUGCUGUUUUGGGGCAAGGACCACAAGAAAUCGAUGAAAAUUUUGAUAAUCUAACGGCGUGUCAUCUGUUGAGUCAGUCUUCUGAUGAUGUUAAACCCUAUUGUUCAUCGUCCGGCAAUGCCUUGGUCUUCUCUGGACAGGCGUCGUCAUCGGUCGGUCAUUAUGUGACUUCGAUCCCCCUCUUCAUUCCACACACCGGAAAUGCUCCAGGUACACCCACAGGUGUCGCAUUUAAAGAAGAUUUCGAGCCGAUUCCUGCUAUACCGGGCACUAAGUGGGCUGACAUUAGUGGCGGAAGAAUAUCUAUCCCCGAGUGUGGAGCUAUCGAUUCGACCGGCGUAGGGUACGCAGCAUACUUUAACGACUCGGGCAACAGAUUUAUACAAACACAGAAGCUCGACCUAACACUGGCCAAAUCUCUGUCUUUCAACGUUCGAAUCGGAGGAUUAUCUGGAUGUGAAAAUGCCGACAAUGGAGAAGACGUUGUAGUCGAGUAUCAAGUACAAGGAAGCUCGACGUUCGUGCUACUGCGAACGCUUGUUUAUAGUGAUUACCGCACGGCUAAAACAGUUAACGUCAACCUCCCCACCUCAGCUCAGACGAAAGCCACUACACUUCGCUGGCGACAACUCUCGAACAGCGGCAGUGGGUUUGACGAGUGGGCCAUCGAUCACAUUCUUGUAGCAAAUCUCGUUUUCAUAAGUAGAGUCAUCUUUAGUGAGAAUUUCGAUACAACACCAACUAUUGGUAAUCACAUUUUGUUAGCUGGUAAUGAGGCUUUAGUCAUCAUAUAUCUCGAUUUUAGUGGUUCAAAGUGGGCUUCAAUUUCUGGAGGUACAUUUGCCACCCCGGACUGUGGUAGCAUCGGUCUUUCUGGCACCAGUACUCGAGCAGCUUUCUUCCAAAAUUCGGGAACUCGUAGCAUUCAAACGCAACCGUUGAAUCUCAUCGAUGCCCUGACUCUGUCGUUUCGUGUUCGUAUCGGCGGUUCUACCGGUAGCACUUGCGAGACUGCCGAUUCAAACGAGGAUGUUGUUGUUGAAUACCAAUCCGGAAGUACAGCGUUUACAAGAUUACGACUGUUGGCUUACGACGGUUAUCUAACAGCAACUAACGUGACCAUUAAUCUUCCUGCUGCGGCUCAAAAAGCUGCAACGACUUUGAGAUGGCGUCAGUUAACAAACAGUGGCUCGAACUUGGACGAAUGGGCAAUCGACGACAUUCAAAUACUACGAACAGAUGUCGGAACAACUCCAACUGCAGUACCAACUACUCCAACUCUUGCAACAAUAUUUCUUGAGAAUUUUGACACGACACCUACAGUCCCAGGUGCCAAGUGGCAAGCAAUUCAAGGAGGCACGUUUACUACACCAGACUGCGGCAGCAUUGAUCCUGGUUUCAGCUCAAAUGCUGCUUUUUUCAGUCAGUCAGGAACUCGAUAUAUUCAGUCGGCAGCAUUGGACCUGAGCAACUCUGUGUAA